AUGGAGCAUCAAGAUAAUAUCUCGGAGAAGUUUAAAACAUUUGUUGUACAAGAUGCGCCACCAACGGUGUACUACAUCCCCGACUUCAUAUCAGAGGAUGAGGAAGCCUAUCUCCUGGAACAGGUCUACAAAUCCCCAAAACCAAAGUGGACUCAGCUGUCUGGCAGACGGCUUCAGAACUGGGGUGGACUGCCCCGCCCCAAAGGAAUGCUUGCAGAGAAGAUGCCCGACUGGCUUCAAAAGUACUGCGAUCAGAUUUCCUCUCUCAAAGCUUUCUCGGGGAAAGCGGCCAACCACGUACUGGUGAACGAGUACAAGCCUGGAGAGGGGAUUAUGCCCCACGUGGACGGCCCCAUGUACCACCCCACCGUCACCACCAUCAGCCUGGGCUCACACACCCUUCUGGACUUCUACAAGCCCCUGAGCAGCACCCAGGAGUCUGGGGAACCUCAGACGGAGGAGAGCCGCUACCAGUUCUCCCUGCUGGUUCGCCCCCGGAGCCUUCUGGUCCUGCAGGACCACAUGUACCAGAGCCUCCUGCACGGCAUCCAGCCUCGCUUCCAGGACACCCUGACAGACGCGGUGCGCAACCUGCCCUCUGCUGCUGAGGCUGGGGGAGCUGUGGUGGGCGACACCCUGCCAAGGGGAACCAGGGUGUCCCUCACCAUCCGACAUGUGCCCAAAGUCAUAAAGACUACGUUUCUCUUGGGGAAGAAGUGAUGGACAAAGGACUCAUCUCUAUAAGCUUUUUUUUGACUUGUGAUUGGUUUGGAUGUGAUGUUAUGCAUUUUGUCUGUAUGUCCAUUGAUAAUCCUUGGUUUGGGGCUUGUUCAGCUUAUAUUUGCGUAGUCCUAAUGAUUGUCGAGCAUAUUUGCUUUACUACACGCUGCUUUUGAUCAGACAAAAGAUUAUGCAAACGGUAGAACACGCAUCAUUCAUGUGCAUGAUCACUGUUUCCUUUUUACUGAACUAUCUAUUGUUAUGUUUUAACUUUAUAAGCCCACUUCGCUCAAUUCAAGCUCAACCUGUAUUGUAAAAUAUUUUGAGAAUGUAGUACUUAAUGAAAAUUAAUUACAAUUCUUGUUGCUGCAAUACCAAGGUAAUUUCUGUCUGCCUUAAUGAGUUUAUUUACCAAAGUUCUUUACACACUAUAUAAAAUAUGGUUUUGUUUUAAUUUAAAUGUUAGUUCCUAAAGAUUAAAGUUCACUGCCUCUCUU